AUAUGAAUAAGAAGAAAAUAAUUUCAUUCGAAUGUAUAAGAUCAAUUUUUUAACUGUGCAAUUAAGAUCGGUAUCAGUUUAAUUCGUAUAGUUCUAUACGAUAAAAUAGGGAACGUGUCAGAGACGCUUGGACGCCAUGAUGGACGGCAUAUGCGAUACUGCUGACAUUUUAAAUAAUGUUCCUCCUAAAAAGACAAUUCACACUGACAAUGUAGAUCUUUCUGAUAAGUCAUUACAGGUGGAUAUUUCAGAUGCCCUUAGUGAAAAGGAUAAAGUAAAAUUCACUGUACAUACAACAACUACAUUACCAGAAUUUCAAAAGCCAGAUAACUUAGUUGUAAGGCAACAUGAAGAAUUUGUAUGGUUACAUGACCGAUUCGAGGAGAAUGAAGAAUAUGCUGGUUAUAUUAUUCCUCCUUGUCCACCACGACCAGAUUUUGAUGCAUCUCGUGAAAAGUUACAAAAACUUGGGGAGGGUGAGGGUAACAUGACACGUGAGGAAUUUAAUAAAAUGAAACAAGAAUUGGAGGCUGAAUACUUGGCAACGUUUAAAAAAACUGUUGCUAUGCAUGAAAUGUUUUUGACUAGAUUAGCACAUCAUCCAGUUUUUCGCAAUGAUCAUAAUUUAAGAGUGUUUUUGGAAUAUGAUCAAGAUCUUUGUGUGAGAGGGAAAAAUAAAAUGGAAAUGUUUGGUGGUUUAGUAAAAUCAUUUUCCACUACUACAGAUGAAUACUACUUGUCUGCAACAGUAAAAGAUGUAAACGAUUUCUUUGAUCAAGAAAUGUCGUUUUUACAAACCUAUCAUCAUAAUUUAAAAGAAGCAACAGCUCGUGCAGAUCGGCAAACUGCCAAACAUAAAGAUGUAGCAGAUUCAUAUAUUAAAAUUUCUACAAAUCUUUUGCAAUUAGCUACAACUGAUAAUGGUAAAUUGGAAAGAUUUUUAACAAAAAUAGCAGAGAUGUUUGAGAAAUUAAGGAAAGUAGAGGGGCGGGUAGCAUCUGAUGAAGAUUUAAAAUUGUCAGACACUCUACGUUACUACAUGAGGGAUACAGCUGCAGCAAAACGGCUUUUGUUUAGAAGAUUGAAAGCUUUACAUGCGUAUGAAUCUGCAAACCGUGCUCUAGAGAAAGCUCGUGCCAAAAACAAAGAUGUUCAUGCUGCAGUGGAGGUUGCUGAGGCAGAACAAGCUCAAACAGAAGCCUGUGAAAAAUUUGAGCAAAUGUCAGAAAAGGGAAAGGAAGAAUUAGUGGAUUUCAAAACGAGGAGGGUAACUGCUUUUAGAAAGAAUCUUAUUGAAUUAACUGAACUUGAAAUAAAACAUGCAAAAGCACACGCGGAAUUGCUCAAAAAAUGUUUAACUGUUUUACGAGAAGAGUGAUCCAAUUUUAUAAUUCUCAUUGCGAAGAUUACUGCGUAAUCUAUACGAAGAUAAUCUAUUUAAAAUUAUAGCAAUGUAAUGGUAUUGUAAAAUAUAUAUUUUUUGUUAUCUAGAUUUAUAUUAUCUAAAAAAAAGAAUCGUAUUAUUAAUUACAAAAGAGCUCCAUAUGACAUUAAUUUGUAUUGUGUGUUGUUUAAUAUUUCUAAAUUAUAAAAAAUUAUGUAUACGUUAUAAUCGUCACUUAAAAAGCAAUUAUUUUUUUCUUAUAUCGUUUUUCUCAGUUUCAUACAGAAUAAUGUAAUCAAGAUAUUGGUUCUUGUCAAGUUCUUUUACAGAUUUAUAUUGAUCUAAUAUAAGCUAUAAGAUUUCUUUUCAUUCUAUAUAGUAGUGUAUUUUAAUGGAACAGGAAGUAAGUAAGUGAUGAUAAGGAAAUAAGAGAUUCGUGAUAUGAAAAUAAGAUAACUUAGCACUACGUGUGUAUUUAAAACAAAAUACUUGCAAGAAAUUGAACAUUUUAUAAAACUCAUAAAAUAUAUUUAAUAUAAAACAAAUAUUAAACAAAUACUGGAAUAUGUAUAUACAAAAUGUUGAAAAACUAAAUACUGUAGAAAACGCUAUAAUGCAACUUAUUGCAAUUAUAUUGAUGUUAUAUAUAUUUUGGUUUUAUUAUUAAUUACUAAGAAUAUUAAUUAAGAUAUACAAAUACUAAAAAAAUCAUGUUUUUAUUUAAAGAAUCUUUUAUUUCCAAAAUUUAUUACAUUUGAUGAUACCUCCUGUAUACAACGAUUCUAUGUAUGCAAGCAUGUGCAUAUAAUUAACAACUCGUUUGAAAAGAAAUUCGGAACUUAAAAAAAAGUAGCGAUUUAUUUAAAUGCUAUAAAGUGAAAUUUCUAGCAGUAAUACAAAUGUUAUUUUAAGUGAUCUUAUUUUCCAAUAUUUUUUAAGUUAAUCAAAAGAUGAAUAUAAAUUAGCAUAUGUAGUGAAUAUUUAAGAUUUUUAUAUGUAGAUUAACAUGUUGCAUACUGUUAAAUCCAUUUACAAUAUUUUGUUUAUUCAAUAAAAUUACAUAAAUAUAAUCAUGAGUAAUGGGAUAAGAGUAAAGGGACCUUAAAAUUAGAUAAUUAUAUGUGAUCUGAUUUUGCGUUUAAUAAUAGAAUUAUCGAAGUUUGCCAAAGAUAAAAAUUGAAAGAAAAUAAAAAUAUUUAAAAAAACUAAAGCAAAUAUGUAGGCAAUGAUUUAUGUUUUUAUUGAUUUGAAAUAUUUUCGUUGCUCUUAUACACGAUUGUAAACAUUUACUGAGAGAAUCAUUAAAUGGAAUUUAUUACUUAA